ACAAACUACAAUAGCCUAAAACAGAACUGAAACCUUUAAGCCUAAACUGGAACUGCUCGUCUUCACAAAAACUACCGAAAUAUUGUUUAUUCUGGCCAGUAUGACAAGCCAUGGCAAAAAGCAGGCUAAUUUGUAGGCUAUAGCACUUGAAAGGAAAAUAAAUUUACAGAGUAGCCUAAAAACAGAGUUUGUGUUGUUGAAUCAUAUUUUUGUCCUAAACGCAAUUUUUGGCGUUGUCGGGGGGAGGCGCGCUACACGCACCGUACAGUUAGAAAAAGCAUUAGAAGAAUAUGAAUAUUCAUUAGUCUGCUCUUCAGUUUGGCGGUCUUCUGCAGCCUGUCUGUAUCUAACUUUUACUGUCUAGUCUUUAUGGAGUCUACAUUAUUUCCCUAUAAAAACACGAUAGAAAGCAUGAUAAUAAGUGGAUGCUCGGAUGAGUACAUAUCAAAUUUUUUAAAAUUUGAAUGUGGAGUGUCAAAGGGUGCUUCAAAGGUGAGCAUACGUCGAUUUUGUGCUGAACAUGGCAUACAGAGAGAGCGUCUGCAAGAUUCCCAGCUUGAGAUGGAAGUUGCAAAAGCAGUUAUCGAGACUGGGCCAACAUAUGGCAGAAAAAUGAUAAAGGGAUACCUGGCUUCAAAAGGUAUCAAAGCAUCCGAAGGCCGCGUGGGAUGUAUGCUGCGAACAAUCAAUCAGCCCUAUCACAUGGCUCGAUAUCAUGGAUCUAGGAACUUUAAUCCAAUACCAUACACUGCAGAAUACAUGGGUCACAAAUUACAUAUGGACCAAAAUGAGAAGAUGGUAAUGUUUGGGGUGACCCACGUGGCAGCUGUGGAUGGAUACUCCAGAAAGAUUGUCGCACAUUGCACUAUGCCAGUGAAAACCAACCUGACAAUAUAUCAAAAUAUUUACAGAAGUGCAGUGAUCGAAUAUGGAAUGUGGGACCAGGUCAGGGUGGAUCAUGGGAAGGAGUUUUAUUUAACACUUUUUAUGCAAGAGAAACUUGCACACCUUAGAAACAACAGAGAGAAGCAGCCAUAUUGCCAAACACCGUCAACAAACGUGAGUCUUAAUUCAUAAACAUUGUAGGGCAACAUAAACUACAGUGUCCUUUUAACAUAAUCUAUUAAAAUGUUUUAUUUUGUUAACUGCACUUAGUAUUGUUGUGUACUACAAUACAGGAGCCUAUACCAUGAAGCCGGUUUAGUUGGCUAGCCAUAUAUGUUUCACUUUAGUUUGCCAACCCUGGGUUUUAGGCAUCAUGAAAGUGGUUUGGCUUUUAGCAGUGUUCAUUGCCAUAGUAACUUGCACUGAUGUCACUCCUAAACUCAGGAUCAAAGCAUGUCUUGAAAGAGAAAGUUGAUGA